AGGUAUUUAAAAGUAAAGGCACCUUAUUUUUUCUGUUUAUAUGUAUGCGCUAAUCUCAAAACUUGCGAAAGUUGCAUACGACUGACUAAUUUUGUUCCUGUUUGAAAUAUUGGAAAAAGGACAGGUUUUUAUAUAAAGCUCUUCCUUGGAAUGGACAUUAUUGUAGUAAAAUACAGGCCACUUAAACAAAACAACACUUUAACAAACAUCAAAUCAGUCAAAACUGAAAAUCUAUUGCAGGAUUAAGCUAUCAAAUUUGUCUUCUUGCCAUCUUAAGAAUUAUCAUAAUGAGAUCUAGACUUCUAUUUCUUCGUAAAAACUUAGGAAACGUGUUGGAAAGUAGGCGCUAUGCAUCGAAGAAUAAAGACCACUGCGACGCUCAUAUGAAUGAGUUGCCGAUUCCGUGCGGGGAUUUUGAAACAUUCUACGCAGAUCGGCAGUCCUUUUACAAUAAGAUCCUUGUUGGUGGGGCUCUAUGGUUUGCAUUUUCGCUGGUAAUGAUGGUGUACACCGGCAGCAUCUACCUGAAUUUCUUUCCUCCAGCGCAGCCCGGGCCUCCGUCAGACAUGAUUACCGACGCUGAUGAUAAAUGUUGAAUAAAAUUCUGCUAGUA